GGAUAAAGCCUGCUAUAUGAGGACUUACACUGUAAUUACGAAGGGCUCUACAUGCGGAACUGCGGAAGGCUCUCUGCGUAAGUCCGUCACUAAUGGUUAUUGCACCGGUAUAGGAGCGUUGCCGGAUUUGUAUGUUCCGGAAGAAGAAAAGCUCAGAUACUUUAAAAAUGGCGAAUAGCUACGUGAGAGAGAAUGCUCUCCUAUCGAGAUUCGGAGUGUUGGUGGCGCAAUUAGAAUCCAUAGUCUCCUCUGCUGCUCACAAGCCUCCCGACCCUCUUCUCUGCUUUGAUCUCCUCUCCGAUCUCAUCUCCGCCAUCAACGAGGAGCCCAAGGAAUCGAUACUGCUGUGUCAGAGGAAAUGUGAGGAUGCUAUUUAUUCUCUUCUUGUUAUUGGUGCAAGAAAGCCGGUCCGACACUUGGCAUCUUUAGCUAUGGCGAGGGUCAUACAAAAGGGUGAUGCCAUUUCAAUCUAUUCCAGAGCAAGCAGCUUGCAGGGAUUUCUCUCAGACGGAAAGAAAAGCGAGCCUUUCCGAGUUGCUGGUGCGGCUCAGUGCUUGGGUGAAUUGUAUCGGUAUUUUGGGAGACGGAUCACAUCUGGAUUACCUGAAACAACUGUAAUUCUCACAAAAAUUAUGAGGUUUAACGAGGAUUUUGUGAGACAGGAAGGUUUACACAUGCUUCAAAAUGCUUUGGAAGGAUCAGGUGGAAGCGCUGCAUUGACAGCGUAUACUGAGGCGUUCCGUAUCACAAUGCGAGCAUGUGUCGGGGACAAAUCAUUUCAUGUUAGAAUAGCUGGGGCUAGAUGUUUAAAGGCAUUUGCAAACAUCGGUGGACCUGGAUUAGGGGUUGGAGAGCUUGAGAGCUCAUCAUCUUAUUGUGUCAAGGCGCUUGAGGACCCAGUACCUUCGGUUCGGGAUGCCUUUGCUGAAGCCCUGGGAGCACUGCUUGCUCUUGGAAUGAACCGUGAUGCACAGGUGCAUGAAAGGAGAAGAGUUCAUCUUACUCCAAAAACACUCCAAGGAGGUCUGGACAAGCACUUGGUUUUACCCUUCAUCAAAGCAAGUGGACCCCGUUCGAAAGACUUGCGGAUUGGCCUUACCUUAUCGUGGGUGUCAUUUCUUCAGGACAUUCGUAUGAAGUAUUCUCUACCUGACAGCGAGCUUGAUAAGUUCGCCACUCAAGCUAUGGAAAUGCUUCGUGCAGACAAUUCUUUUGACGCUCAAGCAGUAGCAUGUGUCCUUUACAUUCUACGAGUUGGUAUAACAGAUCAAAUGCGCGAAGCUACUCAAAGUGGUUUUUUGGUUGUUAUGAGUGAACAGCUUCAGUCACCUGAUGCUACUUCUUCAAUGCGAGUUGCUACAUUACGCACUCUGUCUUAUACUUUGAAGACACUAGGCGAGGUGCCAGGUGAGUUCAAGGAAGUUCUUGAUAAAACUGUUAUUGCAGAGGUUUCUAAUCAGUCACCCCAAGUACGUGUUGAGGCUGCUUUGGCAUUGCGUGCACUUGCUGAAGUUGAUCCUACCUGUAUAGGUGGUUUGAUUUCUUAUGCAGUAACUGUGCUUAGUGCUGUCAGAGAGAAUAUUUUGUUUGAGAAGGGGACUCAUUUAAAAGCUGAACUAGACUGUCUGAAUGGUCAAGCUGCAGUUUUGGCGGCUUUGGUUUCUGUUUCUCCAAAAUCACCUCUUGGCUAUCCAGCUAGAAUGCCCAAAUCUGUUCUUGAAGUUUCCAAGAAAAUGCUCUUAGAAUCAAGUAGUAACCCUACUUCUGCUGCUGUUGAAAAGGAAGCUGGAUGGAUGCUUUUAUCAUCACUUCUGUCUUCCAUGCCAAAACAGGAGCUUGAAGAUGAGGUUUUUGAUAUUCUCUCUCUAUGGGCAUCUGUGUUCAGCAGAAAUCCAGAGGACCAUAUAAGUGAAAUAGUAGAUUUGCCAUCCAAUUUAUGUGUAUGGUCUGCUGCAAUGGAUGCACUGACUGUGUUUGUAAAAUGCUUUCUUUCUCCUCAUGAUGUGAACAAGGGGAUCUUACUUCAACCAGUGCAACUAUAUCUUAGUAGGGCUCUCUCCUACAUAUUGCAGUUAACAACUGUAGACUACAAUAAAGCAAAACCUGGAGUGGAUGUAUUCAUCAUCAAGUCACUGCAAGCAUAUCAGUCUCUUUCUGAUCCAAAUGCAUAUAAAUGUGAUCAUGCUCGUAUUCUUCAUAUUUGCACAACACCUUUUAGAGAAGCAUCUAAAUUUGAGGAGAGUUCGUGCUUGCGCAUGCUUCUAGACAAGAGAGAUGCGUGGCUGGGUCCUUGGAACCCCGGAAGAGAUUGGUUUGAAGAUGAACUUCGUUCAUUCCAAGGAGGAAGAGAUGGUGUAUUGCCUUGUGUUUGGGAGAAUGAACCUCCUAGUUUUCCUCAGCCGGAGACAAUAGGAAAAUUGUUGGUAAAUCAAAUGCUUCUCUCUUUCGGAACCAUGUUUGCUUCACAGGAUAGUAAGGGCAUGCUCUCACUUAUUGGCACGGUUGAGCAAUGCCUGAAGGCCGGAAAGAAACAAGCUUGGCAUUCUGCUAAUGUCACUAAUAUAUGCGUUGGGUUACUAGCUGGAUUAAAGGAAUUGCUUGCAUUACGUCCUGAGCCCCUAGGACUGGAAGUUCUUACUGCAGCACAGUCUGUUUUUCAGAUGAUUUUGUCUGAGGGUGAUAUUAGCGCAUCUCAGCGCAGAGCCUUGUCAGAAUGUCUUGGUCUGGUAGCUCGACUUGGGAAUGAUGUAUUCACUGCUAAAUUGACAAGAUUAUUCCUGGGUGACAUAAGUAGCAAUGCAGAUUCACAUUAUGCUGCAUCAAUUGCCCUUGCACUUGGUUGCAUUCAUCGCAGUGCAGGGGGGAUGGCGCUGUCAAGUUUAGUGCCUGCAACUGUGAACUCACUGUCCUCUCUUGCUAAAAGUUCAAUCACUGGUUUGCAAAUCUGGUCUUUGCAUGGACUUCUCUUGACAAUUGAAGCCGCUGGCUUGUCCUAUGUGUCUCAUGUUCAGGCAACACUUGGCCUUGCUACAGAUGUUCUUUUAUCCAACGAGAUUGGCUCUAUUGAGCUUCAACAGGGAGUGGGCUGCCUUAUAAAUGCUAUUGUUGCAGUUCUUGGUCCAGAACUAGCUCCUCGAAGUAUCUUCUUUUCCCGCUGCAAGUCUGUCAUUGCAGAGAUAAGCUCCCGGAAAGAAACAUCAACACUUCUUGAGAACGUCCGCUUCACUCAACAAUUAGUACUCUUUGCGCCACAUGCUGUUAGUGUGCAUUCCCACAUUCAGACACUCCUCCCUACACUCUCCUCAAGACAGCCAACACUGAGGUAUCUUGCUCUGUCUACUGUACGCCAUCUCAUAGAAAAAGACCCGAUCUCUGUCAUCAACGAACAAAUAGAAGAUGCAUUGUUCCAUAUGCUUGAUGAGGAAACUGAUGCUGAGAUUGCUCGAUUAGCUUGUACUACAAUCACGCGACUGCUUAAUGAGUCAUGUCCAUCAUGUCCUUCACACUGGCUCUCACUAUGCCGCAAGAUGAUUCUCGCUUUAUCAUCAAGGGAUGUCAAGUUUAGUGACAACAAUGAGAGUGAUUUGAGUGGUCCUGGUGGCGAGACAAGAUUGUAUUUUAGUGGAGAUGAAGAAAGCAUGGUCUCCAGUUCGAAAAGGCCAUCUGUUGAGAGUUUUGCUUCUGUUUAUUCCAGCAUUUCUUCCAAAAACAAGCACCUUAGAUAUCGAACCAAGGUUUUUGCUGCUGAAUGCUUGAGCCACAUACCGGCAGCAGUUGGAAAAAGUCCUGCUCAUUUUGACCUUGAUGUAGCGAGACAGAAACCUGCUAAAGGACCUCAGUCUGGUGAUUGGCUCGUUCUGCAUUUACAAGAGCUCAUUUCACUGGCUUAUCAGAUCAGCACCAUCCAAUUUGAGAACAUGCGGCACAUUGGUGUAGCACUCCUUAGUACCAUCAUGGACAAGUUUGAAAAUGUUUUGGAUCCUGAGCUUCCUGGACACCUUCUUCUAGAGCAAUACCAGGCCCAAUUUGUGUCGGCAAUUCGAACAGCAUUGGACUCAUCUUCUGGUCCUGUACUUUUGGAAACGGGCUUGCAGCUUGCAACUAAGAUAUUGACUUGUAAAAUCAUCACUCAUGACCAACAUUCUGUAAAACGACUAUUUUCAUUGAUCUCUCGACUCCUAAGUGAAUUUGAUGACCUUUUCUAUCCAUCAUUUGCAGAGUGGGUUUCAUGCAAGAUCAAAAUAAGGCUUCUGACUGCUCACGCCUCUUUAAAAUGUUAUACAUAUGAAUUCUUGAGAAACCAACAUAGUGAGAUUUCUGCUGAGUAUUUAGCUUUAUUACCGCUGUUCUCUGAGAGUUCAAACGUUCUGGGUAAAUACUGGCUUGGUGUUUUGAGAGACUACUGUUAUGCCUGCUUCUCUUCACAUCCUAAAGAGAAUUGGAUACCAUUCCUUGAUGGAAUUCAAUCUUCAUUAGUUUCAACUAAUCUGUUGCCAUGUUUUGAGGAAUCCUGGCCUCUCAUUCUGCGCGCAGUUGUAUUAGAUGCUGUUCCUGGGAAUUUUGUUCCUAAGGAGUCUUCUAGUACUGAAAGCGAUUUACAGAGUACCUUCAUCUCUGGAUACAGCAUGGUUAAGUUGGAGUUAGAAGAAAUCCAAUUUUUGUGGGGCUUCUCUGUUCUUGCUAUGUUUCAAGGACAAGAUCACUCUCUCUAUCAUUGUAUGAUGCCGAUGUCCUUCGCAGAAUCUGAUAUGAGGGAUGACUAUUCUCUUGUUGUGAAUUAUGUAGAAUCAAAGCUAUGUGACAUGUUAUUGCCUGCAUUUCAUGCCCUGUCAACAAAUAGAUUUUUCAGUGCAGGAUUUCCAACCGUGGAUAUCUGUCAAGAACUGAUCCAGGUCUUUACAUUUUCCAUUUGUGGGAGUGGAGCAUGGGACUUCCUUGCUAUGUCAGUUUUGUCGCAGAUUGUUCUACAUUGUCCUGAAGAGUUCCUGGGGGCGGAAAACUUUCCAGAGCAGGCCAUAGAACUUUGUUUAGCCUUUUUCUUUAAAUUCCUGAGUGAUGCAGAUUCUCAAGACCAUCUAGAUAGGGAGGAUAUGGUUUCCUUUGCACUCACUAUAGCUGUGAAGCUUCUUAUGCGGUUUGAACCGAAGAUGCGCUUAAAGUCACUAUUGGCUUUUUUAUUGGUUGGUUACAAUUGCACUGGAGUGGCAAAAACUGAUGUAUGCCUUACAAGAGUUAAAGAUUACUUCCAGUCCGUCACUUCUUUAAUACAUAUUACUGGUUCGCCUGGCUUUUUAGAUGAUGAAGUCCAGCUCUUUGAUGCAACUGUGAGAGCUUGCGUGAGCGCAAGUGCUAGUUUACUUACAGACUGUAUUGAGAGUAUUCAUCAAUCCCAGAAUACAAAACUCAAUAUGUUAAAGCUACUUUUCAUGAAGCUUGCUAUGUCUUUGGAGCAAUCUAUUUCAUUGGCUAAAGUAGCAUUUGAUGUUCAAUGCCAUGGAGAAAAAAGAGAAAGUAAACCGGUCUUAUAUACCAUAUUAUGUCAUAGCACUCAAUGCUUCCGGACUGUUCUUAAUGAUUCUGAGAUGCAGGUUCAAGCAAUUGGCUUACAAGUAUUGAAGAAAAUGCUACAAAGAGGGGCCACUGCAGAAUCAAAUACUAUAACAAUAUUCUUUGUUGGGGAACUUAUGGAAGAUAUUAUUACAAUAGUCAUUAAAAGUUUAAAGACACUGAGUAAUAGGGAAGUGGUAGCUAUUGUUGGAGAAUGCUUGAAAAUCUUAAUGCUUCUUCAGAGACUGUCAAAAGAUAUUGGCACUCAAAAAGGUCUUAUAAAUCUGCUCUUGGAAACUAUUCUCUUGAUUUUUACAUCACAUGAUCAUUCCGAGGAAAUAAGUGAGAUGAGAAUCAUAGCUGUAAAUCUGGUCUCACAACUUGCCCAGAUUUCUUCCUCAUCUGUCUACUUCAAGGAUGUAUUACUGACGAUGCCUAUAACCCGAAGACAACAACUUCAAGAUAUAAUCCGUGCAUCUAUGAAUCAAGAGCAGAAUCCUAACCAGAUAAAAUCCUCUCUACCAACUUUAGUUGUGAAAUUACCUGCAAAAAUUGAGGUAGCAAAGGAGGAAAAUUUUGGAUCUGGUUUCCCCACAAAAGAAUCUGAUGACAAUUCCUUAGAAAAGGAAGAAGAUGAUUGGGACACCUUCCAGUCUUUUCCUGCCUCCUCUGAUGGAGGUUUUCCUACUUACGAAAUGGGGGGAGAUUCAAAAUUGACAAAGAAAAUAUCAUUUCUAAAUAGUGAUUUUGGUAAUAAUGACCGUGAGACACCUACUAGUUCCCAAUCCUUCAUAAAUGAAACAGGUGCCGCAGAGAACUAUGAGUUUGCUAGUACCAGUUGGAGUGACCAGACACACAAGCCCCAUGUUUCCCUUGAUAUUACAGACCACACUCAGGAACCUUUACAUUGUGAGCAGAAAGAUACAACAGAGCUGCGGCAGGAAGUUGAACAAAUCUCAUGUAUGCAAUCUAUUGAGAUGAAAGAAAAGGACGCUGAUCCAUCUCAUGAAGCUAAGGUGGAAAUGGUUUGCGUUAGUCAUUCAUCUUCGUCUGAGUGUUUACACACUACUGCAGAUGGAGUAUUUGAUGAGGAUAGGUCUAGAGAUGUAGAUUGGAGUUAAACCUCCUAAGGAACAAGAUGAUGAACAUGGAAACACUGAUUUCCGAGACCAGAACACAGGCAGAGACUUGUCGGAUAAUUAUGUAUCAUAAUAAGAAAUAGAAGGUUCAAAGAAAGUCUAUGUACCAGAAUAUGAUAAUCAACACUGUCCAAAGUCGGGGAAUGAUGGCUAUGUUGCUUCCAAGUGUAGCUGUUGCAUAUCCCUACCUACUACAGGGAAGUUUUGCCCCUGCUGUGUGAAACUGGUGAUGAUAGAAGUGACCACAGAUAUUCAAUAGGUGGCCAGCCGACAUGAUAUUUUUGAUUGCUAAUACACACAUACAUAUACAACCAGGUUCUGGUGAGAAUGAACCCAUUGUUGGUAUUACUUGCCAAAUGGCUAUAAAGGAUUUACACCUUUGUUGAGAUUUUGUCAUUUUUUAAGGAAAUAUAAAUUAGUAUUAAUUUGAGUUAUCAUAUCUUGGAUGCGCAAAAAUGUUAAGUCAGGGCAUCAUUAUUGGUUUAGAAGCUCGCACACACGUGGGAAGUUUUGCUUAUAUGUAUUGUAGUCCCUUCACUUUUUUCGUUUCUCGUUUCUUUUUCAGCCUUUCAAUGCAAGACUUUUUAUCAUUAAUAUAUUUGAAUAUGUAUUUUUUUGGGAUUUGACUACUACUACAACAAUAUUACCCCAAUGCUCCAAAGGCUCACUUAUGGUGGGGUAAAGGGUUGAAUAUUUACGAAUGACUCAUGAUAAAAAUUGUGCCGAAUAUUGUUUGGAUUGAUUGUUGCUUCAUA